AUGGGCUCAAUUGUCGAUGUUUCCACUGAACCAACUGAACCAACAACUGAACUAACAACUGAACCAACAACUGAACUAACAACUGAACCAACAACCGAACCAACAACCGAACCAACAACCGAACCAACAACUGAAACAACAACUGAACCAGCAACCGAACCAACAACUGAACCAACAACUGAAACAACAACCGAACCAACAACUGAACCAACAACUAAACCAACAACCGAACCAACAACUGAAACAACAACUGAACCAACAACUGAUCCAACAACUGAAACAACAACCGAACCAACAACCGAACCAACAACUGAACCAACAACUGAAACAACAACCGAACCAACAACUGAACCAACAACUAAACCAACAACCGAACCAACAACUGAAACAACAACUGAACCAACAACUGAUCCAACAACUGAAACAACAACCGAACCAACAACUGAACCAACAACUGAACCAACAACUGAACCAACAACUGAACCAACAACUGAACGAACAACUGAACCAGCAACCGAACCAACAACUGAACCAACAACUGAAACAACAAACGAACCAACAACUGAACUAACAACCGAACCAACAACUGAACCAACAACCGAACCAACAACUGAAACAACAACUGAACCAACAACUGAUCCAUCAACUGAAACAACAACUGAACCAACAACUGAAACAACAACUGAAACAACAACUGAACCAACAACUGAACCAACAACCGAACCAACAACUGAACGAACAACUGAAACAACAACUGAACCAACAACUGAACGAACAAAUGAACCAACAACUGAACGAACAACUGAACCAGCAACCGAACCAACAACUGAACGAACAACUGAACCAGCAACCGAACCAACAACUGAACCAACAACUGAAACAACAAACGAACCAACAACUGAACUAACAACCGAACCAACAACUGAACCAACAACCGAACCAACAACUGAAACAACAACUGAACCAACAACUGAUCCAUCAACUGAAACAACAACUGAACCAACAACUGAACCAACAACUGAAACAACAACUGAACCAACAACUGAACCAACAACUGAACCAACAACCGAACCAACAACUGAACCAACAACUGAAACAACAACUGAACCAACAACCGAACCAACAACUGAACCAACAACUGAAACAACAACUGAACCAGCAACUACUGAAACUGAUCUAAGAAAUGAAUUGAAGAAGACUAGCCCAAACACUGAAUCACAUUUGGUAAAUAUUUGA